AUGAAUCCUCCUCUUGGAGAAAUGCUGAUUGGAGCUGUUCAACCUUGCUUGGAUUUUGUUGUUGCUGAUUUCAAAUGUCUGCAGCAUUAUAGAAGAAAGCAGAGUGCUUUAGGCCUUCUGCAAGCUUCUAAAUAUUAUCAUAUCAAUUUGGAGAUAAGCAACAUAGAAUGGUUAGACUGA